AUGAUGCCAAAAUCAGGAAAGUCCUCAGAGGCGAUCGGCCCCGUCCUUCGUUUGAGACCUGUUGCUCAAACCGAAGCCGAAGAAGUAGAGCCAGAGCCUUGGAAAGGGACGAUUCAUCUUGAUGGGCCAAUGGUCCCGCACCCUUCGUUUCUGAGAGAGUAUCCACCAGAAAAUCGCUCAAACUACGCAACAGACAUCACCAAAGACGAGUACCGUGCGCAAUGGAAAGAUAAGAAGGAGAAGCUGCACCAGCAGAUUCGAGCACUCAAAAAAAGGGAGAAAUUGGUUCCCCCGAAAUACUAG